AUGAGUCGCACGGAGGCUGAUCUGGCGAUAAACAUUCGCAAGGCCACGAGCAUCGAGGAGACCGCCCCUAAACGAAAACAUGUUCGAAGCUGUAUUGUUUAUACAUGGGACCACAAGUCGUCUGCCGCGUUCUGGGCCGGGAUGAAGGUACAACCGGUUCUCGCCGACGAAGUCCAAACAUUCAAGGCUCUUAUCACUCUACAUAAGGUCCUGCAGGAGGGCCAUCCGAUAGUAAUCCGCGAGGCGCAGCAGCAUGCCAAUUGGAUCGAUAGCUUGAUGAGGGGGGUUGGAGGAGAUGGUCUUCGAGGCUACGGUCCCUUGAUUAGAGAAUAUGUUUUCUACUUGGAGUCCAAGUUGGCUUUCCACCGGAAUCACCCCGAGUUCAACGGAUUAUUUGAGUACGAGGAAUAUAUUAGCUUGAAGACGAUCAAUGAUCCUAAUGAAGGUUAUGAAACCAUAACCGAUCUGAUGGGUCUGCAGGAUCAGAUCGAUGCUUUCCAGAAACUGAUCUUUUCACACUUUCAAUCUGGCACGCACAACGAAUGCCGAAUUUCUGCGUUGGUUGCUCUUGUGCAAGAGAGCUACGGAAUCUAUAAGUUUAUCACCAGCAUGCUCAGGGCAAUGCACACAGCAACGGGCGAUGCCGAUGCACUUUCCCCCUUACAUGGCCGUUACGACGCCCAACACCACCGACUCGUCCGAUUCUACUACGAAUGCUCCAAUCUACGUUACCUAACCAGCCUUAUCACAAUUCCAAAGCUUCCACAGGAUCCACCGAAUUUAUUGGUAGACGAUGAAGAGCGGCCAGCCUUGCCCAGGAGGCCGGUCAAGGAGGUUGAGCCGACACCGUCGCCUCCACCAAAACCUGUGACUGCUGAACCAGAACCCAUCAACGAUUUCUGGAGCACCGAAGCCCGGCGUCAGCAGGAGGAAUUUGAAGCGGAGCAGCAACGUCUCCAACAGCUGUGGGAAGAGCAGCAACGACAACAGCUCCUUGCCCAGCAGCAGGCUCAGCACGAUUUCGAAGACCAACAGCGUCUACAAGCGGAGCAACAGCGGCUUGCUCAGGAACAACUUAUGCGCGAGCAAUACCAGAGCCAUACUCAGGGUCGGUUGGCUGAAUUAGAGCAGGAGAACUUGAAUGCUCGUGCGCAAUAUGAGCGAGACCAACUGAUGCUCCAGCAAUAUGACCGCCGUGUCAAAGAUCUCGAAGAACAGAUGAACCAGUUGACAUCGAAUUUGAACCUGCAGAGUGCCUCGAAGGACGAACAAAUUAGAUCUCUUCAGGACCAAGUCAACACGUGGAGGAGCAAGUAUGAAGCUUUGGCGAAACUUUACUCUCAGCUUCGUCAGGAGCAUCUAGAUCUGCUUCAAACAACAAAGAGCCUCAAACUGAAAGCAGCAUCUGCCCAGGAGGCAAUCGAGCGACGCGAGAAAUUAGAGCGCGAACUUAAGACCAAGAACCUUGAGUUAGCUGACAUGAUCCGGGAGCGGGACCGCGCUCUGCAUGACAGGGAUCGCUUGACUGGAAGCAACAAGGAUGAACUUGAGAAGGUUAAGCGUGAGCUUCGUUUCGCUCUUGAGCGCGCAGAAAAUGCCGAACGUCAAAAAGGAACCGAAAUCUCAUCCCUGCUAUCCAAGUAUAACAGAGAAAUGGCUGACCUGGAGGAGUCGCUUCGAAAUAAAACGCGCGCCUUGGAGGAAUAUAGUACAAAUAAUGAGAUGCGAAAUGGUGAUCAGGAGGUUGCGCUUCAGGAGAAAGAAGCAGAGCUUGAGGCGAUGCAGGCUGCCAUGGACGAAGCCCUUCUAGAGCUUGAGGAGCUGAAGCUGAACCAAGGUGAUACCGAUACAGCAUUAGAUACUCAAAUUGACCAUGUCUUGCACGGCACAGUCUCGAAAAUCAACGAUAUAAUUGAUUCUGUGCUCCAGACCGGCGUGCAACGUGUUGAUGACGCACUUUAUGAGCUCGACUCAACUAUGCAAGCUGGUAACCAGAAUGCAUCUCCCCCCUACGUUCUCUCGCAGAUCGAGAAGGCGUCCGCGUCUGCCACUGAAUUUUCUACUGCUUUUAACAAUUAUAUCAGUGAUGGCCCUAGUAGCCCGCAUGCUGAAAUUAUUAGGACAGUGUCUAAUUUCUCUGGUGCUGUUGCUGAUGUCCUCAGCAAUACGAAGGGGCUGACUCGCUUUGCGAACGACGACAAGAGCGCUGAUCAACUGAUCAAUGCCGCCCGCAAGUCUGCCCAAGGCACUGUUCGGUUUUUCCGAGGACUACAGUCUUUCCGCCUCGAAGGCCUGGAAGCCCUUCAGAAGGCUGAUGUUGUCAUCAAUAACAACUCCGAAGUUCAAAGAGACUUGCAGGCUCUGUCAAAGCUCGUUGAUGCUUUUGCACCAAAAAGCACUCGGCUCCAGACAAACGGAGACCUGGGCGACUUGGUGGACCAAGAACUUACAAAGGCCGCGGACGCCAUUGAUGCCGCUGUCAAACGGCUCGCGAACCUUAAAAGCAAACCCCGUGAUGGAUUUUCUACUUACGAACUCAAAAUCAACGAUGCGAUUUUGGAAGCUGCAAUUGCAGUGACAGGGGCAAUCGCCGAACUCAUUAAGGCUGCCACAGCGUCCCAGCAGGAGAUUGUUCGCGAAGGACGUGGCAGUUCCUCCAAGACUGCAUUUUACAAGAAAAAUAACCGGUGGACGGAGGGCCUUAUUUCCGCGGCAAAGGCCGUUGCCUCCUCGACCAAUACGUUGAUCGAGACUGCGGACGGUGUGAUUUCUGGACGCAACUCCCCCGAACAGCUUAUCGUGGCCAGUAAUGAUGUUGCAGCCAGCACAGCGCAGUUAGUAGCUGCUAGCCGUGUCAAGGCUACUUUCAUGAGCAAAACCCAAGAUCGGCUGGAGACUGCCAGUAAAGCUGUUGGCAAAGCUUGCAGGGCUCUUGUACGACAGGUACAGGACAUCAUUGCUGAGAAGAACCGGGAUGAGAAUGAGACAGUGGACUACGCUAAACUCAGCUCGCACGAGUUUAAGGUGCAAGAAAUGGAGCAACAGGUCGAAAUCCUCCAGCUUGAGAAUUCCCUCGCUCGCGCCAGGACACGCCUGGGAGAAAUGCGCAAGAUUUCGUACCAGGAGGAUUAG